GUUUCCCUUCGGCUGGUGCCCUAAGCCCACCACCUCCAGGGGUCUCGGUCACCCCGUUCCCUACUCACCCGACUUCCUGCGUCUGCUCUGACCCCGGUGUCGGACGAGGAGGACGAGGGGCAGCAGGACGAAGGCCACCGAGACCCCGAUCAGGACGUUCAGGCAUUGAGGUUGUAUCUAUAUCCUGGCUACUGUGAAUAAUGCUGCAGUGAACAUAGGAGUGCAGCUAUCUCUCCGAGAUCGUGGUUUCAUCUGCUUUGGCUAUAUACCCGGAAGUGGAAUUGCUGGAUCCUAUGGUUUCCCUUCGGCUGGUGCCCUAAGCCCACCACCUCCAGGGGUCUCGGUCACCCCGUUCCCUACUCACCCGACUUCCUGCAUCUGCUCUGACCCCGGUGUCGGACGAGGAGGACGAGGGGCAGCAGGACGAAGGCCACCGAGACCCCGAUCAGGACAUUCAGAAAACAAUUUCUGUGCAUCAUAAACCCCAGAUGUGAGCUCCAGACACGGUCCAAAUACGCCAUCAAAUGCCGCGAGCCCGAUGCUGGCUUUCAAGCUGGACGGUCAGAAGAUCAAUGGUUCCCGCCCAAGGAAUGGCAGAGGAAUUGCGAUUCAGGACAUUCAAACUAUGGCAAACCACAGUCAAGUCCAGAGAACAAGGAAGAGGAAUGUUACUUUACAGAGAAAAAGGAGGAAGCUGGAAGGGGCUGCUUUGACUGAAAGUCCCUUGGAGAAAACCAAGAGGUGGGCCGAGCCAAAUCACAUGAGCCCUAAAAGCAGAGGAGCUUUUCUGGCUGGAGGGAGGAGGGAGAUGGGGCAGGCCUGCAAAUCAGGGACACCUGAAGCAUAAGAGGGGCUCAACUUACCGUUGCCAGAGGACAGACACAGGGAAAACACCGGAAGGAUGCAGGCAGCCUCUUGGAGCAGACCAGCCCCCAGCUGACAGCUCAGCAGGCACUGGCACUCGGUGAUGUCAUGACCUUUCUGUGGACGAGUGGCUCCCGGCAGGGAUAUUCAUCCCGGGAACUCUCCAAAGCAGGGUGAGAGCUGCCCCUCCGAGGUCACAUCCAUCCUUUUGCUGGUCUUACUGCCUGACCUUGUCUGUUUUUCUCUCUCUCUUUCAAGCCCACACAUACUCCCUCAACAGCUGCAAUCUGGAAGAAAUUAUUCUUCUACACAGCCAGACUUCCCCAGUUUCAGGAAAUUCCAGGCUGGCAGGGGGAGGGGCCGAGCUGGGGGCCGCCCUGUCCAUCCAUCCAUCCCCCGCCCCGUCUGCCGUGUUCUCUGGGCGGGCGCACACCCAGUGCCAGCCUCCUCCCCUGGCCCACACUCAGCCCGGAGGGGCCUCAGCUUUUCCACCGCUACUUCCUAGUCCUUUAAAUCCUAGAGGCAAACUUUUGGGGGAUAAGGAAGGCUGGGAGGGACCUACGCCUUAACCCUCUCUGCCCCAGACACACUGAGCUGCACUGGGCGUGACUCUGCGCCCCUUUGGGCUCCUACCAUGGCCCCCGAGAGGGGCUGACACUUCAGAUCCCGGUGCAGGUGAGAUCCCGCCCGGAGGAAGAAGGAAGAAGGCGCGGGCCUGGGACUGGGAGGCGGAGGCGGGCUCCGAACCAAGAAGACGGGGUUCCCAGCUUGAGCCGGAGCCUGAGAGUUUGCCUGCCUGGUUCAGCGGGGACCACGAGAUGCCGGUCCUGAAGCAGCUGGGCCCCGCGCAGCCCAAGAAACGGCCGGAGCGCGGCGCUCUGUCCAUCUCCGCGCCGCUCGGCGACUUCCGGCACACUCUGCACGUGGGGCGCGGCGGCGACGCCUUCGGAGACACUUCGUUCCUGAGCCGCCACGGCGGCGGGCCACCCCCUGAGCCCCGGCCGCCGCCCGCGGGGGCCCCGCGCUCCGCGCCGCCGCCCGCCGUGCCGCAGCCCCCGCCGCCCGCCCUCCGCGCGCCAGCGCCCGCCGACCCGCUGCUGUCCUUCCACCUGGAUUUGGGCCCCUCCAUGCUGGACGCAGUGCUGGGCGUCAUGGACGCGGAACGCCCGGGCGCCGCUGCCGCCAAGCCCGACGUGGACCCCGGCCCCGGGGCGCAGCACCCUAGGGCCCGUUGCCUCCCCAACGCGGACCUCGAGCUGGACGACGUCAUCGGCCUGUAGGCACCCCCAUUCCCUGCGCCCUUACCGUCCAGCUCCCCACUUCUUUAUACAUAAACCGACAAGGUCUGUG